CUAUCUUUCUCUCACUCUUUGCAUAUAUAUACGCGCACACAAACACACCCUCUUUUUUCACUCUCCUUCACUCACUCCCAUUCUUUCACACCAUCUCUCAUACUAAGCCUUAUUUUUAAAAAUAUUUCUCAUGGAAUCAACAGAAGAAGAGUUCUCAAGUUUCAUCACCAAGGGAAGGCGUACAAAGCGUCAACGAUCACUCCUAGCAGCUUCCGCCUCAUCGAGUUAUCGAGGCGGCGGUGGUGGUGCUGGUGAUGAUGAUGGUAUUGUUGUUGUUGGUGGUGGUUGUUCGGAUAAUAGUUAUGGUUCCUCAUCUUCAGAUGCAUCGCCAUCUGAUGAGCAUGAUAUCAUGAGCGAGGUAACGACUGAAGAAGAAGACAUGGCUAACUGUUUAAUUCUCUUGGCUCAAGGGAGAAUACACAAGGAAAAGAAGCCUUCUAUAAAUAUUAAGUCCAAGACCAAUAACAACAACAACAACAACAAUAAAAACAACAAUAAUAAUUCUUGUACUAGUAUUACUAGUAAUAUUGGUGUAUAUGAGUGCAAAACAUGUAAUAAAACUUUCCCUUCAUUUCAAGCACUAGGAGGCCACCGUACUAGCCACAAGAAGAUCAAGUCCUCCGCCGCCACGACGACGACUACCACUACCACUACAACAACCACUGCAGUCCGAUCACCGGACAAUGAAAACAACCACUACAACCGCGUUAUUCGACACGAUCAUCAUGUUGUUGAUGAGCUUGAUAGGAUGGAGUUCAUCACGAGCAGUAAGAAGUUUAUUGUUGUACAAACACAACAUCAUGAAAACAACAACAACAACAAUAAUAAUAAAGCAAGGGUGCACGAGUGUUCAAUAUGUGGGUCCGAGUUUCCUUCAGGGCAAGCGUUGGGUGGUCAUAUGAGAAGGCAUAGAACAGCAGCAGCUGCUCCUGGCCGUCCGAUGAUGAUCACUACUACUACAACUACUGCUGAAGCAACGGCUGUGAUUGAUACUGGUGGGCCCAGGAAUAUUCUAUCCUUAGAUCUUAAUCUUCCAGCUCCUGAUGAUCAGGAUGAUCAGCAUCAACCACAACAACACAUAGAUGUGGAUGAUCACAUGGAGACUAAGUUUGUUCAUGUUCUUCCUACGCCAGCUCCUUUGGUGGAUUGCCAUUACUAAAAAAAAUUUAAGUAUAUUGAUAAUUGAUUUAUAUAUUGUUAUUGACUUUUUACUGUGCAUUAUUGGGCAUUUGAUAUAUAUUAAAUUUAUAUAUAUAUAUUAUACAUGAUAUUGAAAAAAAACAUUAUAUU